AUGGGGCACCCAGCAGGUAAAGGCGAAGCUAACAAGGAUUGGAAUGAGGACGAGAUUGGGGCUGAAUUCAAUACAACAAGAGUAGCAGAAUUGUUAGCAGAAAUCCCUGAAUUAGAAGCACACAAGAAAGGAAGAAGUGUGCUACUUGCCUUGCAGAAAGAUGUAGCUUUAGCCCUAUCUCGGGCAUAUGAAUAUUCAGAUACACUUGUGAUUGCUAAAGCAGCAAAGAUACUAAGGAAGCAUAUUCUGGAUCAUCGGUACAGGUUGGACGGUAUUUUUGGUGAAGGAUGCAUCAGUGAUGCCAUACCUCAAAGUCUGCUCCAGUUCACUAGUAUAGUCAAACAGAGCAGACAUAAAGUCAUAGCAAAGGUUGGCUCAUCAAAGUCAGACCUGGCUAUUGCUCAGCACCUGCAGUACAACUGA